GCCAACGCUUAAUUUGCCUUAAAUUUUAACUCAUUAUUUUUUACCAAAGUAACACCGUGUUCCGAAUCCGAACACAGCACUGCAUUUGUCGACACAGAAAGUAACUGCGGCAACGUCGCUUUUUUACAUAAUCACCUUCACUUUUAAGGUCUACUUUUUCCCAAUUUGUAAAUUUUUGAAAAUAUUAGAUAUUUAUCAAAAUGAGUGCCUGGAGAGCAGCUGGUUUAAACUACAUCAACUUUUCCAACAUUGCUGCCAAACUUUUAAGGCAAGCCUUAAAAGCAGAUUUAAGAGCAGAAGCUGAUAAAAGGAGUGGUACACAUAUUAAAAUCACCAAAUGGCAAGAAGGAAAACCAAUAAAUGCAAGAGAGUAAAUACUAAGGAAUCGACGUACUAAGCCAUUAAGUUAAGCCUCAAAUAUUUGUUGUCUAG